AUGUUCAACGAAAAUUUCGUUAUAAUUAUCCGUGUACGACAGCAAAGAUUCCUUCGUUUAAUAGACCCUUUUGAUUUUGGGGUACAUAAGUUUCAAGUUACCGUACAAUCUCGAGGAUUUCUCUCUUUUAUGACCAUGUGGAAUCCGUACUUGGUAAUUAAAAAAGAGUUUAAUGCUUGA